UCGCUCCAGUCAUCCCCCAAAAUCUAGCUAGCUAAGUACAAGAAUGCAUUGCCUAUUUUGAUCUCAGAAUCAAUUUGGUAUCGAUAGACAACCCAUGGGCACAUAUCUAGUUCUGUUUGUGUCGAUGAACGUAGGAAAAAUACUUUUCUAGGCUGUGCUACCUAAUGUUUUCCAGGUAGCUGGGCUUAAAAGCAUCAAAGCACAGCACAGGGUUAGUUAUCAAUACAGUAAUUUAGGUAGCUAACGUUAGCUCGAAUUGUGGGGUGCCUAUUGUGUUAGCUAGCCAGCUAACGUUAACAGCUAUCUGAUUUGCUCUGUUGGAAAUAUUUUCAUUCUUCUUUUGAGUUGUCUUCAUUCUCAUCGCCGGUGGAUAUGGGACUACUUUUUACCAAGCUGAUGACUGUCUUCGGAGAUAGAGAGCACAAAGUGAUCAUAGUGGGCCUGGACAAUGCUGGGAAGACCACUAUCCUCUACCAAUUCCUUACCAAAGAGGCGGUCCACACCUCCCCCACCAUUGGCAGCAACGUAGAGGAGAUCUCUGUACGCAAGACCCGCUUCCUGGUGUGGGACGUCGGAGGCCAGGAGAGCCUGAGAGCCAGCUGGAACUCCUACUACUGCAACACAGAGAUUGUGAUUCUAGUUGUGGACAGCACAGACCGGGAGCGCCUAACUCUGAACAAAGAUGAACUUCACCGCAUGCUUGAACAUGAGGACCUACAGAAUGCUGCGAUUCUAGUUCUGGCCAACAAGCAGGACAUGAAGGACUCUAUGACCGUGGCAGAGAUCUCCCAGUGCCUCACCCUCAACUCCAUCACAGCCCACUCCUGGCAUGUACAGGCCUGCUGUGCCCUCACAGGGGAGGGACUACCUGCCAGUCUGGACUGGAUGAGGUCUCGUGUACUGGCCAGUUAGAACUCCUUCCGUGGGCUCAUCCCAAUUGGAACCAGGACAGCUAUCCUUUGACCCAACAAACACAACCUCUCAGACAUUGCAGCUGAAGCCACAGUGCCCAGAUCAGGACCUCCACUAUCUGUUGUGACGCUGCCCCUCUGAGCCCCAGGGCUGGCCCCAGACCUGCCCUGUCACCCGCAUGCCUUACCCAGGCCUUACUGUGUCUGCAAGGGCUGACCAGGGUCCAUCGCGAUAGAGGAGGCCUGGAGGAACCUGGCAGAACCUCAACAAGGCAUGCCAGGGUAUGCCAUUGUGCAUUUGCGUUAGCAUGGGUGUGUGUGUGUGUUAUAGUGUGUGAGACUCUGUUCUAGAUGUCCACCAUGUUUACAUAAGAAUCCUACCUGUCAGACCUGAUUCCACGAGGGUGACACAGUAUGUCCCACAUAAGCUGAAUAAGGACAUAUCACAGUAUUUAAGCCUCCUGUCCUCAUGAAGUCCACAGAGAUGGAAUGGGAGGUUGCAUUGGAUUUCUUUAACAUACAGUUUUGUACCUCUGACUUGAGGAAAACCACAGUACACAGGUUAAGAGGCCAGACCUAAUGGGGAUCAGACUGGUGCUCAGCCUUCUAAGCUAUCAAUGCACAAAUGACUUGGAAGUAUUUAUAUCAAAGAAGAAAAAAAGGUGGUUGCUUGACAGUGAAAAAUAGUAUCAUGAUUUCUGUUAAAAAGCAAGAAGACAAACAAGUAUUGUCUGAUUUAAAACAGCUUAAUCAUGAUUAUUAUUUUUUAUACAUAUACAGUAUUUUACGGUGUACAAAAUAUUUUUUGUACAAAUAAAUGUUAUUAUUGAUAAACUGGUGA